UCAUAAAGUGACUUUUGAUCUUUUGGGUAGAUGCCCAGUACAUUGAAGACCUUUUACAACAGUUAUUUGCAUGUCUGGGUGUGUACGUAUUCUAGUAUUUUGUAGUAAAUUGACAGCCUGAACUUUCCCAUCUAAACGUCGUACAGAUUUUUUUUUUGAUAUGAAUUAUGCUGCUCCCUCUUCCUUGAGUUCCCGCCAUUGUCUGACUGUCCGAAUCCUUCUUAUCUUUUGUAGUUUGGUUACAUGUCCCAAGUACCAAGUUUACCUUUGGGAGGCAUCCCCCCAGGCAGGGGUUUGACUGCUCCUUCCUCUAGGUUCCUCCUGGUCUUCUAGCUCUGUAUCUGUGACUCACUCCCUUUGUUCUUUUGGAGCAGGACCACAUACCAUGCAUCUUCAUCUCUCCUGCACAGUUAUCCUGGCAUUUGGUGGAUAAGUGUGUGAAUUAUUCUUAAACUGUAUGGUUUUAGAUAGGUCACCUAAACACUGAGACUUAGUUUCCUCAUCUGUACAAUGUGGCUUUCUGCCUCUGGACAAUCCUCUUCAAUUACUCUUCUCGAGGUCACCAAUAAAGUUGCAAUUGCCAGAUUAGAUGGCUAUUUGUGGGCUUUAUGCCCUGUGACAUUUGACAAUGACCACUGCUUCUUGACACCCCCACCCCUACACACCACCCCAGGUCCACUCAUUCUUACACUUCUGAGAAGACUGCUCCUCUGCUUCCUCUGCUGCUCCUGGUACUUGGUCUUAGACAUGUCCAUUACAGGUCUUUAAGAUUCUGCCCUACAGCUUCUUGUCUUUCUAUACGUUUCCUUCAACUGUAUCCAUUAUCCCAUAUUCAUAUUUCCCCUGCUGGCUCCAGACCUGUGUUUCCAAACUGAGUUUGGAGUGUGCACACUUGCCUGCUGGGCACUCUCAAGCUGAGCAUACCUGAGUAGAUCAUUCCUGCCCUUUAAACUGCUCUUCCUUUCCGUUAUUUCCUGAUCUCAAUUAAUGUCAUCAUCAUCCAUCAACAACGUGUUGCCUUUUCCAUUCCCAGUCUCCUUAUCUAGGGACCAUCCCUGACAGUUUCAGCACCAAUGCUCUUUGAAUUGGCCCUCUCCUCUGCUCCAGCUGCUCCAGGCCCUGCUUGCUCAAAGAGGUUGGGACAGCAGCCUCCUGACCCGCUCUACAUACUCCUUGUUCAGUUCCUUCCUUUGUAGAAGUAGAGAGUCAAUCACAUCACUUUCUUAUUUUAAAAAUCCGCAAUGGCUUUUCAUCACUGUGAACUCAUUUAUAAAAGCCUUAGCGUGACAUAUUAAUACAAAUCCCCUCACUUUCCGAACCCCCCCAUUCAACCUCAGCUCCCUCCAUUCCUGCCCACAUUGUGCUCAUUGCACUUUCAUGUCCAAGUGCUUUCUUCACGUUUUUCUCCUUAGAUCGCCUUUUCCUUUAUUAUCCAACAUAGUGCUUCUUGUACUUGAGGAUUCUAAAAACCUGUGUCUUUAUUUAAUUUUUUUAAACAUACGGACUUUGGGCCUAUCCCCACAGGAAUUUUGAUUCAGUGUCUGGAGUGAGGCCUGAUCUCAUUUUCUUUAUCUGAAAGAUGACAGUGUAGAAAAUAGAUAAUUACAAAGAUUCUAUAAAAUUCUGUAUGUAUGUGGUCCUAGAAUGCUUCUAAAUAUUUUGUUUUAUAUUAUAUAAAUAUCCAGAUAUGGAAAGGAGGAGAGAACAUCUCCUCAGAAGGCUGUGGAGAUCAACUGGAUCAGGAACUGCUGCUCUGGGCCCAGCUUGUUUGUCACCUACUUUGUGACAUCACCCCUUAGGCUCUUUCCUUUGUGCUGUUCUUAAAGCGCUUUCUGCUUAACCUUUAAAAAGACACUAAUGUUGAAAUUGAAGCUCCUUGUGUAUACAUUUGCAUUUUCUAUUAGAUUCUACAGCCAUCCGGGCUAGUACUGGGACUUAGGCAUUUUUAGAUUUCCUGUGCUUUGCCCAUAGUAGAUACUAUCUACAUGUCUGUUAAUUAAAUUAAGAGCUAUUUGAAGGAAAUUAAGAGAUAUUUGAAAAAAGUUUUUAAACUGUAAGAAGGAUCUGCUCACUGUAGAUGUCAACUUUGUAGUGUGCCAACUCUUUGCCUUGCUAGCAGCCAUUUGGUUUCGAACUUAUCUACGUUCAAGCAAAACUAGCUCUUUUAUAAGACAUGUAGUUGCUACCCUUUUGGGCCUUUAUCUUGCACUUUUUUGCUUUGGAUGGUAUGCCUUACAUUUUCUUGUACAAAGUGGAGUUUCCUACUGUAUCAUGAUCAUAAUAGGAGUGGAAAACAUGCACAAAUAUUGUUUUGUGUUUGCUUUGGGAUACCUCACAGUGUGCCAAAUUACUAGAGUUUAUAUCUUUGAUUAUGGACAAUACUCUGCUGAUUUUUCAGGCCCAAUGAUGAUCAUUACCCAGAAGAUCACUAGUUUGGCUUAUGAAAUUCAUGAUGGUAUGUUUCGAAAGGAUGAAGAACUGACUCCGUCACAGAGGGGUUUGGCUGUAAGGCGCAUGCCAAGCCUACUGGAGUAUUUAAGUUACAACUGUAACUUCAUGGGUAUCCUGGCAGGCCCACUCUGCUCUUACAAAGACUACAUUACUUUCAUUGAAGGCAGAUCAUACCAUAUGAUACAAUCAGGUGAAAAUGGAAAGGAAGAAAUACAAUGUGAAAAAACAGAGCCAUCUCCAAAUGUUGCAGUUAUUCAGAAGCUGUUAGUCUGUGGACUUUCCUUAUUGUUUCACUUGACCAUCUCUAAAACAUUGCCUGUGGAGUACAACAUUGAUGAGCAUUUUCAAGCUACAGCUUCAUGGCCAACAAAGGUGACCUAUCUGUAUGUCUCUCUGUUGGCUGCCAGACCCAAAUACUAUUUUGCAUGGACGUUAGCUGAUGCUAUUAAUAAUGCUGCAGGAUUUGGUUUCAGAGGAUAUGACAAAAAUGGAGCAGCUCGUUGGGACUUGAUUUCCAAUUUGAGAAUUCAGCAAAUAGAGAUGUCAACAAGUUUUAAGAUGUUUCUUGAUAAUUGGAAUAUUCAGACAGCUCUUUGGCUCAAAAGGGUGUGUUAUGAACGAGCCUCCUUCAGUCCAACCAUCCAGACGUUCAUUCUCUCUGCCAUUUGGCAUGGGGUAUACCCAGGAUAUUAUCUAACAUUUCUAACAGGGGUGUUAAUGACAUUAGCAGCACGAGCUAUGAGAAAUAACUUUAGACAUUAUUUCAUCGAACCUCCCCAACUUAAAUUAUUUUAUGAUGUUGUAACAUGGAUAGUAACUCAAAUAGCAAUAAGUUACACAGUUGUGCCAUUUGUACUUCUUUCUAUAAAACCAUCAUUCAUGUUUUACAGCUCCUGGUAUUACUGCCUGCACAUCGUUGGUCUCUUAGUAUUACUGUUUUUACCCGUGAAAAAAACUCAAAGAGGAAAGAAUACACAUGAAAAUGUUCAGCUCUCACAAUCCAAAAAGUUUGAUGGAAGAGAAAAUUCUUUGGGACAGAACAGUUUUUCCACAACAAACAAUGUUUGCAAUCAGAAUCAAGAAGUAGCCUCCAGACAUUCAUCACUAAAGCAGUGAUGGGGAAAGGCUCUGACGGCUAUUUUUUGUAUAUUAACAGAAACCAAUCUUAGCACCUUUUCAAGGGGUUUGUGUUUGUUCGAAAAGAGCUUAACCGAGGGGAAAUGGGACGGUUAUAGGUGGGGGAUUUCCUAUAUACCAGACUGGAAAUGGAGUGAAGUAACCCCUCCCAUGACACGUUCCUGUGGGCCACGCCUUAUAUAAAAAUAUUUCCAUAUUUCAAUGGGCACUCACAACCUCAGCAUACGUCCACAGGGUCACAUUUGUGCCCUGUUGCUGAAUGUACGUUGCGUAUCCCAAGGCACUGAAGAGGUGGAAAAAUAAUCGUGUCAAUCUGGAUGAUUGAAAGAAAUUAACUUUUCCAAAUGAAUGUCUUGCCUUAAGCCCUCUAUUUCCUAAAAUAUUGUACCUAAAUGGUAUUUUCAAGUGUAAUAUCGUGUGAACACUAUUGCAGUAGUUGAUAUUGUGUGCUGUAAAGGAAUUUAGGAAGAAUUUGAAACAGGAUAUUUAAGGAUGUGGAUAGUUUAAAAAUGCAAUAAACAUCUCAGUAUUUGAAGGGUUUUCUUAAAGUAUGUCUCAAAUGACUACAAUCCAUAGUGAAACUGUAAACAGUAACAUAUGCCAAAUUAUAUGUAGCUUAUUUUGCUAGAGUUUAAUUAUCUUGUGUCAGUCAGAGAGCCCUUCAAGGAGCAAUUUCUUAAACAUAAUUAAAGGUUGGUAAUGUGAUAUUUUAAGCUUAUUUUGAGAGAGAGAGAGAGAGAAAGAAUGAGAAAUGAAGGCAGGAAUGCAAAAAGCACUGUGUGGCCUCAAGCAUAACUUUGUAAUGCUUUGGACUUUUAAAUGAAAUGUAUCAAGUAUAAAUUAUAUAGAAUUAGAAAGGAGUAUGAAAAUAAUAGUGGUAGAUUACUCAAAGAUUUUGAAAGAGAAAUUGCUAGGUAUGGUUACUAUCUGAAUAUAAUCAAUUUUUUAUCUGUGACAGUUUAAUUUGUAUUUGGCAAAGUUUUAGGAAAAUGAAAAGUUGAAGUCAUUGCAUCUGAAAGGCAUUUUUUGAGAGUAAUAUGAAUUCAUUUUCAAAUUUUUAACUUCUCACCUUAAAAUUUUGCUGUUAAUUCAUUAAAAUGAGUUUUAGGUUCUGUAAAUAGAAAAAAUUGCUUUUAUGUUAUGGGCCAUUUUUAUCAUGAUUAAUGUUGCCUUGAAUGACUUCAGUGUCUCCUAUAAAUCCGAGGAUAUUAUUAUGUUGGUUGCAGUAGCUAAAAGUAGGAGAGUAGGAUUUGAUGGUAGGCAGUGAAGCUGGCCCCACACUCUCAGCCCUGUGGGAGGAGAUGGGGAAGGCCUGACUUCACCCUUAUUUGACUAAUCUUUUGUUGAAUUUAUUUUUCUUUUUGCCUUAAAUUUUUUAAGGAAAUGCAAAUUAUCUAUGGUGAGAUUCCCUCUCUCUCUCUCUUUCUCACUUUUUUUUUUGAUCACUAAUAAAUUUUCAAAUGAAGAAGUUAAGGACAAAAACAACAAUCUAGCUUAAGCUAUGUAAUAUUUCAUUUAAAGAAGAAAAGAAAAGCAAAUGCACUUGGAAUUUUUGAGGUCUUAAUCAGCAAAAAUGUCAAUGUAUCUUUUUAGAACUUUAGAGAUAUCCUCCUCUAUUUUUAUUUUUAUAAAGGUAAAUUUUUUUUCCAUCUGAUGAGGCUAACCCUUCCCUCUCAGGAAAGAAUAGAAAGCUAAAUAAAUUUUCUCUAUUCUCCCAUACGUGGAAGUUAAGCUUGCUCCAUAACGUGAGCGGAUAGAAAAGAAUGUUCAUAGAAAGUAUCUGGCCCCCAAAAUGUCUCCUCAGUUUAAUUAAUGCCGCAGAGGAAUUGAUCACUAUUAAGAGAAAGUAAAGAAAUUCAGAGUUUAAAAGACAGGCCUAGGCAUGUCAUAAGUGGGAAUGAGAAGGCUUAAUUAAAACUUACAGGUGUUUUGUUCUUCAACCUAUCUAGCCACUUACAGAUAAUCACCAUUUAUUUCUAUACCUGAAUAUAUUUUAUUUCUCAGCCUGUAAACCUAAAUCACUGUUAACUUAGAUCUUGCCCAAAGACUAUAGUCAUAGCACUGUCGUCUAGAAAGCAAGAUAUUUGAUCAGUUCUCCAAUUACUUUGAAGAUAAUACAUUACAUAUCUAGUUUGACUGAUUUUCAUCUUUCUGAAUCAACUUGUUAUUUUUAUAAAAUGGUUUUUGGAUGGCUCUCCUCUAAUUUGGAGAAAUAAUCAUAAAUAUGCAAUCUAGAAGAAAAACUAAAGAGAUAAUUCUAAUUCUCAACUUGAUUUUUCUCCAGAACAAAAUUUUUUGUGCUCUAUAAAAUGAAUUAUCUACUUGGAAUGUUGUAAAGAUUAAUAUUUUGUUUCUGGUACUUACAGUAGAAAACUUUAAAACUGGUAUAUCUACUACUGUUAAAUAUAAAGGAAUUCAUUGUAUUAUGGGCUUGCUUUUUUUUAAUUAUCAGAAUAGGAUUCAGUAUAUAUUUAUAUUAUUUUUCCACUCUUCACGUAUCAUGAAACCACUCCAGAGAUGAUCAAUCAACAUCAUAUUUAUGCUUUUGGUUUAUUAUAGACUACUCAGGGAAAACAGUGAACAAAAAUAAUUAUUCUUCCUUCAGUUUCAUUUUCUUGAAACAGUAACAGUUAAUUUGGUAUGUCUCAGCUGUCACCAUUUACAAGUGGCUCAUUCUGUUUUUAAAAUAAGCAUUUUUAUUGGAACUCAGGGUAAUUGGGGAAAUUUAUUUAGCUUCUAAAAUAUCCAGCAUAAUAGAGAAGAUUUAUUGGGCUUCAAAAAUGUCCAGCCAGUGCUUAUCAGCCACCACUGUCUACUUGGUUCAAAAGUAUUUUUAUUAUUGGUCCCCACCAUGUAUGACACACACAGGAUUGCCACACGUACCACUUGAGGAAAAUGUGCAAUAAAAAGGUUUCUAAAAAGUGAGGGUAAGUCACAUUUAAGCACUGAUUAACCUGGGAGGAGACCUGGAUAUUCAUUCUGGUUCUGUCAUUAAUGAGCCAUAGGACUUGGAGGAGUCACCUGUCCUGUCCACCUCAAGUUCCUUAGCCAUAAGCAAAGGGGUUAGCUCCUAAGAGUCCAGGACCAGUUGUGUAUCAUGAACGGAAGCCAUUAGUAAGGUCUGGAGGAUUCAAGGACUUGGGCAGAUUCACAAUCAAAACUAUCAUCUUGGUCAUAGAUUUUCACUACUUAGAUUCAAAACCCUGACUUUUCAAAAGGUUGUCAUGGUAAUGGUGGAAAACCUUUUAAUCCAUUAAGUCUGUGGGCAUGGCAACAUAUCUUUUCUACUGAAUAUAGCCCUUAAUCUUUCAUAGUUAAAUAAUUUCUACUGAAAAAAAAAUUUUCCUUUUGCUUUCUCUGUUUUGUUUGGUUUCUGUUUGUGUUAUGUAAAAUUGGAGAAGAUAUAUGCUAUUAAAUAUUUUAUACAAAUUGCUACUGAACAGGGUUUGCCACCAUAUAACUUCUCAGAAUUUUUAUUUAAAGCAUAUUUAAUUUAGUCACACCUUAUUUUAUAAACUACAGAAAACAACUGCUUUAAAAUGUUGCCAUUAAAAUAAGUAAAAACUUUACUUGAGGACUUGGUCACACUUUUAGGACAAAAGCCUUUCCUAUUUAAAAUUCAUGCUUUGUAAAUAUUUAAUUUGUAUAUUCAUGAACAAAUCUGAACAUUUAUACUUAUUCUUUUGUUUCCUUAUUAACUGUUCAUAAUUAUUACUUGGUUUUAAGAGUUGUACAUUAUAAUUGAAAGAAAACAUUACUUGAGGGAAUAAUUGUUUUGGAAUGGUGCCUAUUAUUGCUGUGUCAGCUAAGGAUCUGUCCAGAGUUUUAGAUGUAAGCCAGUAUUUUGUGGGGUUUUAUCAGGCAUUAGUAGCCCAUCCUGGCGGAAAUUUAAUACACCAGAUUUAACAUAGGUGCAGAAUUCUAAAUAACACUGUGAAAUGUAAUCUUAACUGCCCUCAAGUACCUUAUAAAACUGUUACACUUAACCCAGUGUGCAUUUAGUGAGUGGCUGAUCUUGUUUAUACACUUAACCUUAGAUGCUGAAAUUUCAGUUUUCUACAGCCCUUGGUAAAAGUGGAUUUGUAUCAUUGCAUGCUCCUAGUGGUGAAGGAAAAGAUUUCCAAUUAGAAAAAGAGAGAAACUCUGAAAUUUGAGUUUCAGAUAUUAGAAUGUAGAGGGUCUCUACAGUGUUUUUCUGCAACACCAAGUAGUCAAAUCUAUUUAUAGAAUUUAAAAUCUGUAACUCUCAUUACAGAAGAAAUUUUAAAAUGAAAUUUUCCACGUUGGUAUUUUGUAGGAAUGCUCUUAUAAUCAAUGAUGAAGCUGCUUUUUGAGGUUCUUGUUGUACAGAGGAUGCAGCCAAAUACAUUUUAAUUGGUAGGCUGCUUAAUAAUGUUUUUAUAUGUUUUAAAAUAAUAUUUAUUUUAAUAGGUUUUUAACAUUAUACAGACCCCAGUGGUAAAGAACUGACAAGCUCCAUAGGUUAUUGAUUGGGAGAAUUUUAUGAAACAGAGCCUAAAGACACAUUUCUAUGCCAAUGAAUUUGUCUUUAAAACUGAUAAAGUCUUCUUUUAAUCCAACUUUUAUAAGGCAGAACACACACAAACCCCAAGACUGUCUGUUCCAUAGGCGACAGUGUAAAGAUCCAGCCAGCACUGUCCAGCUUGCUCAGUGAUGCAAGGCAGUCCCUGCAGCCUUGUUUUUAUCAGAUUUUGCUACUGUAAAAAGACAUGGAAAUACUAUGAUGAAAAACCAAACAUUACAGAGUAACAUAAGUAAAAUGACUAAACAGUUUCUUAAUGACAUGUUUGAAAUGGAAAAAGUGACUGGCUGCUUUUUACUGGAGUCUUAAAUGACUGCUUCCUGCCCAGUCUUUAUUUUGGGUUAACAACUUUGAGAAAUUGAUUUAUUAAUACUACUUCCUGUCUUUUCCCAUUAAAGGGCAAUCAUUAUGUUGAAAGUUUGACAGACUUUUAAAAUAUGCCUUUUUCCCAAUUUUAAGUGUUUUUGGUCCGUGUACAUGGAUUUAGCAAUGAAGUACAUUUGCUUCUGACUUUUUAUCACAAGGAAAAAGGAUUGAAACGCUGGACACAAGCGUGUUCCACACCAGUCUACUCCAUCUUCUCUCACGUCCUCGCAGCCACCCCUUGGAGUCAGGAGGGCGUGAUGCGCAGCAGUAGGGGUGAAAAUGAAAAUAUUUCAGGUGAAAUGAGAAGUUCUUCCAUAUACAGAAUGAACAUGUGUGAUUUCAUUCCUGCCUGCCUUUAAAAGUUGUAUCUUGAUCUCUGCCUAGUAGUAGUUGAACCUCAGUCACCCAAAUGCAAGGAGAAGCCCAGCUCCAGCAGCCAGAAUGGACAGUAUUUACAUUUGCCUUCCCGGGCUGAGAAUAGAUUGUGGUGUUCUGUGCUUUCUGUUUUUAUUAUUCCAAAAUAUUUUUUUAAAGAAGUGUUAUUUUUGAACAGAUCCAUAAAUUAGUUCUUGUUGUAUGGUAAAUUAAAACUACCACUGUGUCAGUUAAACUGUGAUGUGCUAAUUUCAUAACCGCUCCUUUCUAGUCUGUCCUCAGAGCUGCACUGGUGGCUUAUUGCUGAGUUUUAAAGGUGUUUUAAACUUACGUAUCAAUGUUUUUUUCUAAUUUGUGUGUCUUUAAAACUGAUUAAACGGUAGUUUAAAAAGUG